GGGAACAACAAAUGUAGAUAAACCCUAUAAAGUCUAUAAUGGAUUGCCUCGGAGACAGCAGGUCACCCUGACUAGCCUACACAUAGGAUAUCAAUACACUAUACAAUAUGUAUAUGUGCACGAUGCAGUUUUGGAGUGAUCUUCAACUGGUCGCUGCUGGUGUCUUCCAAGAAGCCGAGUGACAUGGAGCAAGCCUUCAUCAGUGACACAGCCAAGCAGUACACAGUGGAUCGUGUGGAGAAGGCCGUGGAGCCUCAACCAGUGCUCCAACCAGCAAAGAGCAUUAAGAGCUUGGAUGAUGCCAUGGCUAAGAUACAAGAACUGGAGAAGAGAUUAAAAGAAAUUGAGUACAGGGUGCCCAAAAAGUACCCUGAGGUGAAGUUUCUCACCUACAAAGAUAGGAAGAGGAUUUUGAUAACAGGAGGAGCUGGCUUUGUGGGUUCACAUCUGGUUGAUCGUUUGAUGAUGGAGGGGCAAGAGGUAAUUGUGGUGGACAACUUUUUCACAGGACGUAAAAGAAAUGUGGAGCAUUGGAUUGGUCAUGAAAACUUUGAGCUCAUCCAUCAUGAUAUUGUGAACCCUCUCUACAUUGAGGUUGAUCAAAUCUACCACUUGGCAAGCCCAGCCUCACCUCCACACUACAUGUACAACCCAGUGAAGACCAUCAAGACUAAUACAGUUGGAACGAUUAAUAUGCUUGGCCUUGCCAAACGUGUUGGUGCGAGGGUGUUGAUUGCCAGCACCUCAGAAGUGUAUGGAGACCCAGAAGUGCAUCCUCAGACAGAGAAUUACUGGGGCCAUGUCAAUCCUAUAGGACCUCGGGCAUGUUAUGAUGAAGCAAAGAGAGUAUCAGAGACUUUAGCCUAUUCAUAUGAGAAGCAAGAGAAGAUCGAGGUGAGGGUGGCACGCAUAUUCAACACCUAUGGUCCCCGGAUGCAUAUGAAUGAUGGCAGAGUUGUGUCCAAUUUCAUUCUUCAGGCUCUCACUGGCCAGGAUAUUACAGUCUAUGGACAUGGGCAACAAACAAGAUCAUUCCAGUAUGUUAGUGAUCUUGUUGAUGGCUUAAUAAAGCUCCAGAGUUCUAAUUACUCCCAGCCAGUUAAUCUUGGGAACCCUGAUGAACAUACUAUUGAAGAGUUUGCCACUAUCAUUCAUAAGAUGGUUGGCGGGAAGAGUAAGAUAAUUCACAAAGAUGCCGUUGAAGAUGACCCCCAGCGUCGAAAGCCUGACAUCACUCGUGCAAACCACAUCCUUGGCUGGCAACCUGUGGUGAGUUGA